CCUGCAGCAGGGGAAGGGCUGGUCUCACACACCUUGCGGAGUUCUAACCUUUUAUCACAAAAUACCGUCAUGUUUUUUUUCUCCAACUGUGUGUUUGAACCCGUCAGUCUAGUAAUCUCAGUUUGCCUCGCUGCGUGCGUGUGUGUCAUCUGAGAUUUGACUGUCUCGCUGGAGGGGUCAGGAUGAGGGCAGUGUGGGUAAAGCGGCCGGUCCUCAUCUUGGGAGUUAUUGGGGUCUUCCUCUACAUGGGCAUGUUUCUGAAGAGUGGAUAUGAGCGCACAAUGGACACUGACACAGAGUCGGACACACGGCGCAUAAGCAGGAGUUUAUCUGACCUGAAGGCGAGCAUCAGUGAUCUCCAUGAUGCACUCCGAGCUUUUGAGAAAAAGCAGGAUGCCAUGCAGAAAAUGCUCGAAGAGGGCAAAGUCGAACUACCACCAGUCAAAAAGCAGCCAGAGCAGGAAGAGCAACCCAGAGAACAGAUCCAGGACAAGGAGACCCCUACUCAGAAAAAGUCCCAUAAAUUGUUCCCUGACUCUGCCCUGUUCAGGGAGUGGGGGGAAAAUCUGUCUGAAGAUGACCAAAGAGAGGCACAGGCCUUGUUUGAGAAUUAUGGAUACAACGUUUUUCUCAGCGACCGCCUUCCUCUAGAUCGAACUCUUCCAGAUACCAGGGAUCCAAGGUGUUUGACAAAGAAUUAUCCAAAGGACCUACCGAGUCUUGGAGUAGUGCUGAUCUACCUGAAUGAGGCCUUGUCUGUCAUCAAAAGAGCCAUGCGCAGCAUCAUCGACCGCACCCCACAAAACCUGCUGAAGGAGAUAAUAUUGGUGGAUGACAAUAGCUCUAAUGAGAACCUGAAGGGAGACCUUGACCUGUACGUGAAGUCGCUUGAGCAGGAGAACCCAAGUCUUCGUAUCACAAGAGUGAAGCAUACCGAGCAGCUAGGGCUUGCUUAUGCCAGGGCUUCUGGGAUGAGGGCUGCCACUGCCGACGUUGUGGCCAUCCUGGACGCACACAUCGAAGUCCAUGAUAUGUGGGCUGAACCCCUUCUGACACAGAUCAAAGCUGACCGAACGGUGGUGGUGUCUCCUGUGUUUGACAGAGUCAACUUCGAUGACCUCAAGGUUAUUCAGUACCAACCCGCAGCACAUGCCUUCGACUGGGCUUUGUGGUGCAUGUAUGAAGGUUUUACACCUGAGUAUUACGAGCUCAAUGACGCCUCACUGCCUGGGAAGAGUCCAUCCGUCAUGGGGAUCCUUGUUGCUGACAGGAAGUUUCUUGAAGAAAUUGGAGGCCUUGAUGUUGGAAUGAAAGUCUACGGUGGAGAAAAUGUUGAGCUGGGAAUUCGUGUGUGGACAUGUGGAGGGAGUGUUGAAGUAGUUCCAUGCUCCAAGAUUGCCCACAUCGAGAGGUCCCACAAGCCCUACCUGCCUGACCUGAGCCCUGCUAUGAAGAGAAAUGCCCUGAGGGUAGCAGAAGUCUGGAUGGAUGAAUACAAACACAACAUCAACUUGGCUUGGAACUUGCCAUUUGAGGAUCACGGAAUUGACAUUGGAAAUAUCACUGAGAGGAAAAAUCUCAGAGAAAGGUUGAACUGUAAACCUUUCAAAUGGUACCUGGAAAAUGUGUAUCCCAAGUUGGAUCCCUGGGACAACCUUCUUGCCUAUGGAGGAAUGAAGAAUCUUGAUGCUGACAUGUGUUUGGACCAAGGCCCGGUGCCGGGUCACACACCUAUCGCCUACAAUUGCUACUACUAUGGACCUCAAUUCACAUAUUACCGUGAAAACGGUGAGUUCUACAUCGGCGGCAUUAAGUCCCACAAGUACAAUGACAACCGGUGUUUAACUGACACGGGCAGCAAAGAAACUGAGCCUGGUCUUUUCAACUGCAAAGAGGCUAUGCAGAAAGGAAUGGGCAUUUACUGGGACUUCACUCAGGGCAAAGAACUGAAGAACAGACAAACAAAAAGAUGUCUGGAAAUUAUAAAAGGAGAACUUUUAAUACAGGAAUGCUCCGGCCAAAGAUGGGAAAUCCAAAACAUAAUCAAAGCCUUUUAAAGUGUGUGCUUGGCCAAUGAGAAGCACACAUCUCCGCUCAUAGGUCAGUGGGUAUUAACGCCUGAAAGAAAGUCAGUGAAAUUUGACUCCUAUAAUUCUUUAAAUGUACUCCAUUUGGGAUGGAAAAAGUGAAUUAUUGAUGUGGUAAAUCUUUGGGAAAACAUAGGAACAUUUACUCAAAAACAGGAUUUUGGAAGAAGUUUGAAAUGACUGCUUAGUUUAAGUCACUUAGAAGAAAUGAUGAAUGCUAUCCAAGAAUUACUUAGAAGCCCAAACUGGACCUGUCAACAAUUCCAAAAGACAAGAUCAUACAAAACUGAGAGAAUUGAGAAAAUCUCACAUUUUUGGUCAAAGGCUUUAAUGUUUCAAGAUCCAAAUUUACGACUGAUUAAAUUUGUGUUUUCUGUGCUGAUCAGUUUAAAUGUAUAAAAGGGCAACAUUCACGGUUUGAUUGUCAUACAACAUGAGAGUAACAAUUAUAAUUUUAAUAUAAACUUCCCCAAAGACUAGAAGACUGCUACUCUUAAUCCAGGCCAGUAAUACUUUAAUGAGUUAUCUCACAAAUUUACAUCCAGCAAACUUGGUUGAACUUGUCAGACUUGGUUACCUUGGAUACAAAGACUCCAGUUUUGAAGCAGAGGAAACGUGAGUGGAGUUGAUGCUGAGAUGAGCAGUCAUAGCUCUGGUUGGUGAUAUGCAAGCCGAUGCCUAUACUGCAAGUUAAAGGUAGGAAAAAAAAGAGCAUAACUGGGACCAUAUUUGCAUACCGGACAGGCUGCCCACCACAGCACAACUUACAAAUGCAAGUUAAUACAUUUUAAAAUCAUUUUUAUGCAAUACUUUUGGUGCUGUUGGGUGAAUAUUGGGUUUGAAAAUAUAAAUAUUUUUAGUAAUCUAUUCCUAAAUUAUUUUACUGUGCAUUAUCAUUGGUUAUAGAAGUUGCUUCGGUGCAGAGAAAGGCAUGCACAAAUCAUAAGGUGAAGGAGUAAAUUAAAUCAGGGCCAAUGAAGGUUAAAAAAAGUGGAUUUAGAAAAAAAUGAAAGAGUUCAUAUAUGAGUUGAAACAGCAGCACAUAUGCUUGAACUGCCUGAAAAGAAUUUACUGGAUUAUGAGCUGUGCAGAACUAGAAUAACCAAGCUGCCGUCUUGUGGAUGAGGGGCAAGUUUAAAUCUACUCUACUACAGAAUGUGAUUAUUAAAGAUUUCUGAAUUUGAUUCUUCACAUUAGAUGAUAUUUUUUUUAAACACCACUGUUUUAACAGGCGUACUAUGGUAAUCCUGAGGACUGUAGUGUCACCUUGUUCAAAUUUAUAUGAACUUAAUUGUCAAUUUAGCACUGUCAUAUAGGUUUGAAGAUAUUUGUGUUGUCAUUAUUUUUGUUAUGACAAGAUAUCCAGUGACUGACAGAUCAUUGUUGUUCAGUUGAAUAACGUUUUGUUGUUAAAAAAAAAACCCAAAAACAAAACAAAAAAACUGAAUUGUACUAAGUAUUUAACUUGGUGGUUAUAUAACAUGCAUUGAGGAAUGUUAUGUUUUGUCUUUUUUGUUGUCUUUU